AUAUGAGGCGUCGUCAUCGACAUAAAAGCAUGUAUAUGCACACAUGCAAUCGAUUGAAUAUUGCAGCCAGUUACACUCACGAUCAGCUGUGUUUGACGAUGAUUGACAGUGCCGCAAAAGUAUUGCGAAGUGUUGGUUUACGUUAGUUUCACAAAUCUUAUUGUAGUUAAUAGUCGAUAUGGAUCGUGUUGCAACAAAAUGGAAGCUAAGUCAUUCUUUUAUUUUUAUCGUCGUGAUAUUUCUAUGCGCAAAUGUCGAUCAUUGUUUAGAUGAAAGGAAAGAAAAAACUGAUUCACCAAUACCGAUAGUGCUUUGGCAUGGAAUGGGUGAUAGUUGCUGCUUUACUUUCAGUCUUGGAAAAAUACAAGAGAUUCUUCAGAAUGAAAUACCUGGAAUCUAUAUCAAUUCCAUACGAAUUGGAAAUAAUGUUAUAGAGGAUGUUGAAAAUAGCUACUUUGGAAAUAUUAAUGAGCAAAUAAAAAAUGUGUGUGAACAAUUGUCGCAAGAUACAAGGCUUCAAAAUGGAUAUAAUGCCAUUGGCUUUUCUCAAGGAGCUCAAUUUUUAAGAGCAGUGGCACAAAGAUGUCCGAAUCCACCAAUGUUGAAUUUAAUAUCUUUAGGUGGUCAGCAUCAAGGUGUUUUCGGCAUACCAAAGUGCUCAGAUACAUCUCAAUUGUGCAAUUAUAUGCGGCGCAUGCUUCAUCUCGGUGCAUAUUUAUGGUAUAUUCAAAAGUCAUUAAUACAAGCUUCUUAUUGGCACGAUCCUCUGAAAGAAGAUGAAUAUCGAAAGAAAAAUAUGUUCCUUGCCGAUAUUAAUAACGAAAAUACUAUCAACACGGAAUAUAAAAACAAUCUUCAAAAGCUCCAAGCUUUAAUUCUUGUUAAAUUCGAAAAUGAUACAAUGGUGGAUCCGGCGGAAUCGGAGUGGUUUGGAUUUUACAAGUCUGGCCAAGCGGAGGAAAUACAGAAACUACAGCAAAGCGAACUAUACAAACAGGAUUGGCUUGGAUUGCGUGCAAUGGAAAUGGAUGGCAAAGUUCACUAUCUUUCAUUACCUGGUGAUCACUUACAAUUUACGGCCAACUGGUUUAUUAACAAUAUAAUUAAAAAAUAUUUAGUGUAAUUAAAGAAAUAUGUAUUUUAUCUACAAAG